UCCUGCUCGGCGCCGCCGGGCGCGUCUCGCGGGGCCCCGCUCCGAGGCCGGCAGGUGCGGGCGGACGCGGCGCUGCGGGCGGGCCCGGGCGGGGGAAGGUGGUCGCCGCGGCCGCGGGCGGAGGGGGCGUGAAGCUCAGCGCCGGCGGGUGCUCUCGGGGCCGGGCCCCUCCCCCGGCCGGGGCCGCCGCCGUCUCUCCCGGCAGGGGGGCUGGGGGGCGGCACCCCGCGACCCCGCCCGAGGGCCAGCGCGUGCCGAGGACUCAGUAUGAGUCCAGCCUUCAUUGAGAUUUGCUGAAGAAAUUAGACCUGAAGUUGAACUUUAGUUCCAUUCCUGAUAAAUUAUUUCACAAGGAAAAGUACUAAUCAACCCUCAAGCCUUUUUGCUCCGGAGGCUUUCUGCGCUGAGUGACAGCACUACCACCGAAGUGGUCCUUGUCUCAGCUCCUCAUCCCAUGGUUUCAUACAGACAGGCUGAUUAAAAUGCCUUUUUUGCUAUAGCAAAAUGAAAUGCCAAAAACCAGAAAUAAGAUCAUCUAAAGGUGGAAAAACUGAAAUAGAAUAGGAAGAUCAUCAGCUAAGAAAGAUCUACUAGAGAAAAGAGCAUGAAAAAUAAAGUGACAAUUUUAUUGUGUGCAUUUCAGCAGGCCUUCUGAAAUUUAACUGAAAAUAUGACUUUUUCUUCAGAGAACUGUUCUUUUCAAUACCAGGUACUUCAGACAAAUCAACCCCUUGAUGGUAACUGUUUGCUUUUCUUUAUUAUACUUGGGAAAAUAUUAUUAAAUAUCCUAACACUGGGAAUGAGAAGAAAAAACAACUAUCAGAAUUUUAUGGAAUACUUUUGCAUUUCUCUGGCAUUCAUGGACCUUUUACUCUUGGUAAACAUUUCCAUUAUUUUCUAUUCCAGGGAUUUUGUUCUUUUAGGUAUGAGGUUUACUAAAUACCACAUCUGCUUGUUUACUCAAAUUAUUUCUUGUACUUACGGUUUUUUGCAUUACCCAGUUUUCUUCAUAGCUUGUAUAGAUUAUUACCUGAAUUUCUCUAAAACCGCCAAACUUCCAGAUAAGUGGCAAAAAUUAUUUUAUAUCUUUACAGUAAUUUUAAUUUGGAUUUCUAUCCUUGCUUAUAUUUUGGGAGAUCCAACCAUCUACCAAAGCCUGAAGGCACAGAAUGUUACUUCUCAGUGUCCUGUCUACAUCAGCGUGCAGGGCUACUGGCUUUCGUUUCUCAUGGUGAUGAUUCUAUUUAUAGCUUUUGUAACCUGUUGGGCAGAUGUUAUCACAUUGGUACAGGCUCUCAGGAUCGCUUCUUAUAUGAAUGAGACUAUCCUGUAUUUUCCAUCUCCAUCCCACUCUAUUUAUACUGUAAACUGUAAAAGAACACUCUUGCCCAAGUUCAUUGUCUGCUUUCUUGGUACCUGGUUACCAUUUGUAUUUCUUCAAGUAAUUAUUCUUUUAUUUAAAGUACAGAUUCCUGCGUAUAUUGAGAUGAAUAUUCCAUGGUUGUUUUUUGUCAAUAGUUUUCUCAUUGCUACAGUUUAUUGGUGUAACUGUCACAAGCUUACACUACAAGGUAUUGUAUUACCUAUGGAUCCAUUUGUUAGCUGGAAAUGCUGUUUCAUUCCCUUUACAAUCAAUACUCUUGAGCAAAUUGAAAAGCCUAUAUCAAUAAUAGUUUGUUAAUAUGUUACCCUGUUUGAACUAAUUGAAACUAACAACUGUAGUUAUAAUUUUACAAAUGGAAAUGAUUCAGAUACAUAAAGAAUAAACUGAAACUUCUCAUA